CUCACAGUCACUAGUCUUUAACGCACUUUGUUCGUGGUUGGUCGCGCAACGAGCGUUGCUUUUUAAUAAUUCCCUUGGCGCAAAACCCGUCGUCGACGUGACGCACCGACAGGGACGACGACGGUGCGGAAAGGAAGAUAACGAGUAAUAAUAAUCAUAUCGUCGGCGGUUUUUGAGCGAAAAAGAGAGCGAGAGUGAACGGAGUGGAGGAGAAGCCCACUAAUCACAAGAAAAAAAAAUCGGCUUGUACACAGCUUUUCAUGUUAUUAAUGAAAAUAGUAUUAAACAUUAAGCAAAAUAAAAAGUACGAAACGGAUCGGUCAACGCUGGGAGGAGUGAAGAAUCGGCUACGAUAACAACAGCAACAGCAGCAGACAACAUAAAAUAGCAGAAACAUAAAUACAUACAUCUUCGCGUCUAGAUUACAUACAAUUUGGAAAACUAAUAUUAUAUGCCAUUAAAAAACUUAGCGAUUCACUUCGAAAUUGCUUUCGAUUAAAUCAUUACGGACACGGAAGAUAUGUAAUUUGGACACCCGCCAGAUUUCGGAGGAUCGUUUUUGCUUGGCGACAAUUAGUGACAAUCGGGUACACGCCGUGGAGUACCCCGGAAUGAAUCGAACCGGUGCGUGGAAGGAAUCUCGCUCAUCACUCAAUCGCACAUAAUAAUAAUCAUAAUAAUCAAUUGUGUGAUAGCUGCGAUUAGUAGUGAUCGUUUACGCGCGCAUUGGCUCUACUUUUUGUAGCUGUUGUUGCGUUGGUAUAAGUGCUAAGUGAUAAUUUUCACGAUUACGUGAAGACAGUGUCAAAACAGUAAUUAGUUUAAAUUGAAGCGAUAAAUUAGUGAUGUUUAUGAGCAGUUUUUGCUUCAUCACGAGUGCGGGUGAUACCGUCGUGGUGGUAGUGUGACUACUGCCCGCUACAAUCGCCACUACUAGUCCGGGGGCUUAACGCUGGUGAACUGAAUGACUAUAUUGACCACCGAGUGUGUGUGACCUAUCAUUACCGAAAAUUAGGGUUAGCGUAAUUGAUUCUUAGACACUCGAAGCCUCCUGCCCCGUGCUGGUUUAUGAAUGAAACCGGUGGCCGUGAAAAUUAUUUUAAUUGUACCAACAAUAAUCGCCUCCCACCCGCAGGAAAAGUAAGUUUCGCUUUUGCCCCCCGCGGUGGUGGAACCGAUUACGAGCUUACCGACGAGGAUCGUGACCAGCAGCGUAAAACCGGGAAUGAUUCCUUAAUCGUUUAAAAAAAAAAAAAGUUUUGUCCAGUUAAUCAUCUUUUGUAUGUGUUCCUAAUAAAUUAGUUGUUUGUGAUAUUAAUUUUAUUGUUCAUCGAUGACAGCAGUGACGACUCUGUUGACAAAUUGAAUUCUCCCCCAGGUUCCCAAUGUUGAAACCGAAUCAUCGACCCAUCCAAUUACAAAAGGUGGUAAUGAUGAAUCGAAUCAGUUGAUUUCGUCACAUAAAAAUAAAAUAAAAAACAAAACGCGGAAGACAAAGCGCAGAAACAUAUGAUAUUCCGCAACAGGGAGUCUCCCAUUUAGUGAGUGUGUGCAUUUGAACCCCAGGAAGUGUGUGAAAACAUCGAAAAAUAUCGGAUGAAAAAGGCGUGUAAAUAGCCGAAGAAAACACAAAAGGAUAAAAUAAGAUCAGGGAUAUCAGAACUCGGCGGUGACCUGGAUGGAUUAGUGAAAAAAAGGAACGAACCCGAGAAGCACGUAGUAAAAAAACAGGGAUCUGUUCGUUUCCAAAGAAAGUUUUGGUGUUGUGCUCUGGGUAAGAUAGAAAAAAAAAGAUUCCAGUUUGAUCGUCCAGCUUACAACUUCCGAAUGCCAGUGUCAGUGUGACAACUUUGCUAACUGGAGAAAAACACAGGGAAGAUCUGUGGACGAGUUUGUGAAAGUGUCCGGUAACAACGAAACCACUAAAAAACCCGAACAAGUGAAGUGAAUAGUGCCGGAGGGAAGCAGAGAAGAGUGUGUGCGUGUGAGUGUGUGUCCGCGAGUGCUGCAAUUUUGACCCUAAAAGGGACAGGUGACCUGGCCGGUACUGAGUAAUUCCCUCGAAGCUUCCACCAACGGCAUUACGAUUCAUUUCGAAAAAGUGGCCUCGAUCGGUCCCAACACGCUCAACUUUACGGAUCUGGGGAGCCCCUACGAGGGCCCCCCUAGUACGCCACAGUCCGGUAUGGACGCACCGGAUGCCCCCCACACGCCAAAGUACCUCGACGGUGGAGCGACGCCGGCGGGUCCCGGCAAGUCCGCCUUCGUCGAACUGCAGCAGCAUGGGUACGGUGGCAUCCGAAGUGGGUACCAGCAUUUCAGUGCACAGGGCGGGCAGGAUUCCGGAUUUCCGAGUCCGCGAAGUGCACUAGGUUAUCCCUUCCCGCCCAUGCACCAAAACUCGUACUCAGGGUAUCACUUAGGAAGUUAUGCACCUCCCUGCGCUAGUCCACCAAAAGAUGAUUUCCUCUCGGACAAAAUCGAGGACACCGGCCUGCGGGUGAAUGGCAAGGGUAAAAAAAUGCGCAAACCCCGCACCAUCUAUAGUUCCCUACAGCUGCAGCAGCUCAACCGAAGAUUUCAACGAACGCAGUACCUAGCACUACCGGAGCGGGCGGAACUGGCGGCCAGCCUCGGACUGACGCAAACGCAAGUGAAGAUUUGGUUUCAAAACCGGCGAUCGAAGUAUAAGAAAAUGAUGAAAGCAGCGCAGGCACCCGGCGUCGGGGGAGGACUUCCAUUGGGUGCGCCAAACCAAGGUGGUCAUAGUCCGUCGCAGCAUCAGAACAUGCAUCAAGCACCCGGCGGAGGUUCCAGUAGUGGAUCACCAUCGCACUUCCUACCUCCCGGACACAGUCCUACACCGUCGAGUACACCGGUCUCGGAGCUGUCACCUGCCGAUCGAAUUCCAGGUCUCAGUCCGCCCUCGCAAGCACCCUGGGAGCAGAAACCUCCGCCACACUGGGGCGACCACAAACCACCGCAGAUGGCACCGCAGACGAACCACGCACCUCCACAGCCAACCCAUGCACCCCAGAUGGGCGGUUACGUACCUCAGUACUGGUAUCAACCGGAAACGAAUCCAUCACUAUUAACCAUGUGUCCGGAAUACGAUGCAGCACGGUACUGGUACCGAAAAAACCAUAACUCAGUACUUUCUUAAUCGAUUUAUGACACAAUCGACACUUCUGGAUGUGCGCCUGAGAGUAUGGCCGGCCGUUUAACAGAGCGAGAAUGUAAAUUAUAAUUUUAACUAUUCUUAGUGUGUAAUAGAGCAAAGUUAAAAACGAAACAACAGUAAGAAGGUGAGAUCCAUAGCGAGUGAAAAGAGGGGGAGACAAACGAAAAAACAAAAAACAACACAAAGACAAGCUGAACAGUGAUCUGAAUAACGAUAAUUAUACAUACUAGUGAAAAUUGCAAAGUAAUUCCGCAUGCAGGUAGUUCAAGGUGAUGAGAAAGGAAGAAGUGGGUGCUCAGCGCUGGAGUGCCCUGCGUACUGCGGGGUUGUGUCCAGGGGAGAGCAACUAUUGAUUGUGCACCGAUUCCGGGACCUAAAGCUAGCUUGUUUACGAUAGGCAGAGAGUUGGGCGUAGUUUAUACGGACAGAAAGAAAUAAUAGCUUUGUGCAAUAUUCGUAAGUGUUAAUCGUAAUGUAACUUUUCUUUCAUUUUUAAUUUCGUUUUGUUUUUCGACCCACACAAAGCAAAACACCUGAACUUUCCGCAAUGGGAAAGCUAAAAGUGUCUAAAUUUACUUAAAACAACUUGAAUCUUUUUUGUUCGAAAGUAACAAACUAAACAACAGACAUUCCUUUCAAAUUUUGUACUAGUGACGUGCGAGUAAGCAUUCCUUUAGAUUAGAAGCAUUUGGGAACCGUUCAAUCGCAUUGGCAUUUCAUUGAAUAAAAAGAAAAACAAACAUCAGCAUUAUUUUCCUUACCCAUAUUUGCUGCCAUUUGAGACAAACCAGAAGUAGGGCUUUGUAUGCAUUAUAGAGAAACAAGUAUUUUUAAAUCCAGUAAAAUAGAAUAGCACAAAAGCAGAAACGAAAACAACCAGUAGAGGACAAGCAGAAAAUCAAACCAAUAGCAAUUUCGAAAGGAACAGUUUUAAACGAUUACAUUAAAUUUAGUGUAAAUAAUGGUGGCAAUUGAGCAAUUUGCUACAGACCGGUGCAUCACCGCCUCGACCUAAAAGCUGGCAACUGUUUAGGUGGAUUGACAAAAUUGAUUGUUUUCAUUUUUUUCGUCGGUGAAUCAGAGUGACUGCUGGCGAACGAACGAAUGAAAUUGAUGGGUUAUUCCUUCCUGCAAAAGUACUACUAAAAUAGUUGGACACGAAAGUGAUGAUUGUGAUUAGCAGGUAACUAAAUUAAACGCGACGCAAAAGUUUAAAGCAAAUUUGUACAUAAACACAACUAAGGCACAGCAAAAGGUAAAAUCAAUACAAGUAAGAUAAACAAUUGUAUUAAAAUAUUUAAUUGUAACUUAUAAGUGAACAGACAAUGGUAGAAAAAAAAGAAAAAACACAAAUAUGCGAGGAAAUUCAAUUGAUUGAAUAGGUAUUUUGGUUUUAAAAUUUUAUCAGAAAAAAAUCGUUCAUGGAGAACAACAAAGAGUAAAAAUUAUAAACAUUUUUCUAUAUGGAAGAAGUGUGGCAAAAAUUAAGGAACGAAAACUAGCGGCUGCAGUUCGCCCGAACAAAGGACGGGUUAAGCCCUUCUCGGGGCGCUCGGUCGUGACUAGGUGUUAAGCAUUGUUUAUUAUUAUAUUAUUAUGAUAUAAUGUAAUGAAAAUUAUAAUUCUGUAUCGAUUGUGAAUGUAAAUUGCAAAAUUCGAAAGACGGUAUUAAAAUAUUAUUAUAAAAAAUUAA